UACUGCUAUUUGCCUAAAAUCCUAACAAAAAACCGACUGAGACUGAGAUUAGGGUUUAACGCAAAACCCUGCCAAAUUCGAUCCGAAUUCCUCAAUCUAUCGAAAAGGAGGGAGAGUUGUGGUGGGAGAUUUUCGCAAAUGGAAUUCUGCCCGGAUUGUGGAGGCAUGCUGCAGUAUGAGCUUCCGAAUAUGCAUGCUGCUAGAUUCUUCUGUCCAACUUGUCCUUAUGUAGCAUACAUGGAGAAACGGGGUGAAAUUAGGAGGAGGCAGGCUCUAGUUAAGAAGGAGAUCCAACCCAUAAUUAACCUGAAUGACUUUACAAAUGCACCCAAAACUGAAGAAACAUGCCCAAUCUGUGGUCAUAAAGAGGCUGCUUUCCGGGAACAGCAAACACGAUCUGCUGAUGAAGCAUCAACAAAAUUUUAUAGGUGUUUGAACGAAGACUGUAAACAUGCUUGGAUCGAUUACUCUUAGUAGGAGAUUCAGAAUCUUUUUUUACUUCCUCUGGUCUUGAUUUUUCCUGAGCCAAGAUUUCUUGCCACCCUGCCAUGGACAAGGGGAGUGCCAAGCACCAUUCUGUUAUGUUUUCGGACUUGAAAUCAAAAUAACUGUUGGCCAGCUUUGCAACAUUUUGCCUAUUUUUUGGUAAAUGCUUAAAUCUGGGUUGUUGUUUUUCUUUGGCCUUUUGGAGUUGCAUUUGUAGUGGAAUAUAGUGUAGAAGGUGUGAAUUAGUCAACUGUCAACUGAAUUAAAGUUGAAGAGCUUGAGCUUUAUACAAAUUUGAACCUCCCCUGUAAUUUCAUUGCUGCCUCAA